GUACGUUCUCUCGCUUCUUCUUCUCCUCCGACGCACGAAACGCCCCACUCCGUAUACACGAUCGGAGCGGAAUCCCACGGCGAAUCUAGGGUUAGGGUUAGGGUUUGCGCUCGUAAUCUGUCGAUCUGUAGACCCGGAGCCGUUGGAUCCGAGAAAGGGACGGCUGAGAUCGAUAUCCGGCUUCGAAGAUGAACGUGUUCCGGCUCGCGGGGGACAUGACGCAUCUGAUGAGCGUCCUCGUCCUCCUCCUCAAGAUCCACACCAUCAAAUCCUGCGCAGGCAUUUCAUUGAAGACUCAGGAGUUAUAUGCUCUCGUGUUCGCAACUCGAUAUUUGGAUAUUUUCAUUCAUUUUGUUUCGCUCUAUAAUACGGUCAUGAAGUUGAUCUUCUUGGGAAGCUCGUUCUCGAUCUUAUGGUACAUGAGACACCACAAGAUUGUACGCAGGACUUACGACAAGGAUCAAGACACCUUCCGCCACCACUUUCUCAUACUGCCAUGUUUGCUCUUGGCCCUACUCAUAAAUGAAAAGUUUACUUUUAUGGAGGUGAUGUGGACAUUCUCUUUAUUUUUGGAGGCUGUUGCGAUUCUCCCUCAACUAGUUUUAUUGCAACGCACGAGGAAUAUUGACAAUUUGACCGGGCAAUAUGUUUUUCUUCUAGGUGCAUACAGAGCAUUAUACAUCCUCAAUUGGAUUUAUCGCUACUUCACCGAACCCCACUAUGUUCAUUGGAUAACCUGGAUAUCCGGACUCGUGCAGACGCUACUCUACGCCGAUUUCUUCUACUAUUACUUUCUUAGCUGGAAGAAUAAUGUCAAGCUCCAGUUACCCGCCUGAGCUUCCCUCGAUCUUUUUUAGAUCUUUUGGUGUAUUAUCUCAAUACAGCAUGGGUGAGGAGUUUAAGGCGCGCGGCGAGGUCAAUUAAACGAUGGAAAAAUUGUUGGUUAAGUUUUUGAGGAACGGUAUGUCUUAGCAGAAUCUGGAAAAUUCUUGUGUAGUGAUAAUAGCAAUCGUAAACAGUGAUUCCUAUGUAAACUAUAAAAGCAUAGAAUUUGUACUAAAGGUGAUUUUAUUUUUAUUUUUCCUUAUAGUAAUGUUGGAUUAUGUUAUAUGCUUAUAUGCAAUUUUUUCUGAAACA